CCCGCUGCAGCAGCAGCCUCUGCCUCACUUCCCCAUCCCGGGCUGUGUUUCACUGAUGUGAGUGAGGCCACUUCCUGCCAGGUUUGCGACACAGGCAGCGGGGAAGGCAGAAGUACAGGCAGAAAGGAGCUGGAGAGAGGCUGAGCAGCUCUGCAAGGAAGGACGAGGAGAGGAGCCAACCCAGGACUUGGCCGGGGACCCCACAUCUCGCUCCCACUGCGCCAUGUCCCUCGUGGAGACGAUCCGGCUGUGGCAAGAAGGGGUGUGCGCGGCGGAUGGGAAGGAGUGGAAGGCAGCCCUGGAUGCCUUCACGGCCGUCCAGAACCCCCCUGCCAAAAUCUGCUUUAACAUUGGCUGCAUCCACCUUGUCCUGGGGAAGCUGGCCGAGGCGGAGCAGGCAUUCACCCGGAGCAUCAGCUGUGACAAGCACCUAGCAGUGGCUUAUUUCCAGCGGGGGACGGUGUUUUACCGGAAACAGAACCAUGAAAAGGCCAUUGAGGAUUUCAAAGAGGCGCUGGCCCAGCUGCGAGGCAACCAGCUCAUUGACUACAAGAUCUUGGGGUUGCGGUACAGGCUCUUUGCUUGUGAGAUACUCUACAACAUCGCACUGGUGUACGCCACGCUGGAGGACUGGAAGAAAGCUGAAGAGCACCUGACACUGGCCAUGAGCCUGAAGAGUGAGUCCCAGCACAACAAGAUCGACAGGGCGAUGCAAGCCAUCCUGAAGCAGAAGCUCUGCGAACUGGUGGCCAUUCCUGCAGGGAAGCUGUUUAGACCAAAUGAAAAGCAAGUGGCUCAGCUGGAGAAGAAGGACUACCUGGGAAAGGCUAUGGUGGUGGCAUCCGUAGUGGACAAGGAUGAUUUUUCAGGAUUUGCUCCACUCCAGCCACAGGCCUCUGGUCCUCCACCCAGGCCCAAGACCCCAGAAAUCCUCAGCGCCCUCAAAGGGCAGCCGCAUCGUGUCCUGUAUGAGUUUGUCCCCGAGACUGCCGAGGAGCUGCAGGUCCUGCCAGGAAACAUUGUCUUUGUCCUGAGGAAAGAGAAGGACAACUGGGCAACAGUGAUGUUCAACGGAAAGAAAGGGAUCGUGCCCUGCAACUACCUGGAGCCCGUGGAGCUCCAGAACAAGCUGCAUAUCCAGAGAGAAACCCCCCUUGAAGCCGAGAUCCCAGAGUCACCCAGCUCUCCUGCUCCAGAGAAGCCACGGCGGUCACCACCAGCUUACAUUCCUGUUACUGUGAUGCAGCUGAAAGAUGAAGCAAAGGAGGCCAAAGCAGCCAUCUCCAGCCCCUGCAUCCUCAAGGUGCAUUACAAAUACACAAUCGCCCUGCAAGUCGAGCCAGGCCUCUCCUACACAGAGCUCCUGGACCUGGUUUGCAAGAAGCUAGAGCUUCAGCCCAAGCACAUGCAGCUGAGGUACAAGCCUGCAGAGAGCCAAGUGCUGGUGACUCUGAACGCAGAGAACCUGGAGGCAGCUUGGAGCCAGAGCAAGGACAACUGUCUGACAGUCUGGUGUGACAUGAUGGAGGGAGAGGGGUUUUUACUAGACAGCAAUCCCGAGGAACAGGGAUUGCAGGAGGCAACAGCAGAGGAAAUGGGACUAACCCAAGUUGUAGCACAGUAUGGUUAUGAAGCCACCCAACCUGAAGACCUGGAGUUUCAAGCAGGAGACGUGAUACUUGUUUUAUCCCAAGUGAACAAAGACUGGUUAGAAGGCCAGUGCAAUGGGAAGAUAGGCAUCUUCCCAUCUGCUUUUGUUCAAAAUUCUAACACUAAAGACCCAGAGAUGUGAUUUCAGAAGACCUUAAAGUCAUGGAUGUGGAAAGAAACUAAGAAUUCAACUGUUGCAAUUAAGUUUCUGCAUUAAUCACUGCAUCUGAAAAUGAACUUUAAAUGUUAUUGCUACUUAUAUUAAAAGCUUUAUUUUUUAU